CGCCAUCACAGCACCGGUUGGGCGCCAAGCCUCUUCCUCUGCGUCCCAAUUCGAAACCCUAACCCGGCUCUUUCGGACGGACCCCGGGCGGCAGCGAGGAACCGUACGAAGCUGAUCGAGAGAAAGAUGCGAGGAGGGACGGUGCAAGUCAUCUGGCACGACACCCAGCCGGUCCUCACACUAGAUUUUCACUCCCCCACCGGUCUUCUCGCCACUGGCGGCGCCGACCACGACAUCAAGCUUUGGCUGAUAAGAUCAGAUGAAUCACAAAGGAGUCAUCCAACAGUUUUGUAUCAAAAUAGCCUUUCUUACCAUAGUUCUGGCGUGAAUAUCUUGCGCUUCUCUCCUUCUGGAGAUCACCUUGCAUCAGGUGCUGAUGGUGGUGAACUAGUUAUUUGGAAGCUACACUUGACAGAUGAUGGUCAAACUUGGAAAGUAUUAAAGACAUUAUUAUUUCAUCGCAAAGAUGUUCUUGACCUCCAAUGGUCUUCUGAUGGUGCGUACAUGAUUUCUGGUUCAGUUGAUAAUUCUUGCAUAAUAUGGGAUGUUACUAAAGGCUCGGUCCAUCAGAUUUUGGAUGCUCAUUUGCAUUAUGUUCAAGGGGUUGCUUGGGAUCCUUUGGGUCAGUAUGUUGCUUCCCUUAGCUCUGAUCGGACAUGUCGGAUUUAUGUUAAUAAGCCUCAGAGUAAACAUAAGGGCAAUGAGAAACUGAAUUAUGUUUGCCAGCACGUUCUCACAAAAUCAGACUCACAAAGGUUGGAUGACUCCAAGUCAGUGUCAUCAAAACCACAUCUAUUCCAUGAUGAGACAUUGCCAUCCUUCUUCAGGAGAUUGGCAUGGUCACCAGAUGGAACAUUUUUACUAGUGCCAGCAGGUAUACUGGCUAUGAUAAAAAAGGAAGAUUUACUGUCGAGCUUCCCUGCAAUGCAGGAUACGUGGGUUCAAUUUGAGGCAUUACAAUAUUCCAUGACUCAAUUGCCGGUCACCCGAUUGCGAAGAAACAACUGUUAUACCAAGACACACCUUGUGGGUACAUAUAGAUAUUCAUUUUCAUCCGAAACUGUCAAUACUGCAUAUAUUCUCUCAAGGAGAGAUCUUUCAAGACCUGCUGUGCAACUCCCAGGGGCUAACAAACCAAUAGUUGCUGUGAGAUUCUGCCCUGUUCUUUUUGCUCUACGAGGUUCUAAUUCAGUAUCUGCAGCUGGUUUCUUUAAACUUCCAUAUAGGGUUAUUUUUGCUCUGGCAACCUUGAACUCUCUGUACAUUUAUGACACUGAAAGCUUGCCUCCAAUUGCGAUAUUUGCUGGACUACACUAUGCAGCCAUUACAGAUAUUUCUUGGUCGUCUGAUGCAAAGUAUUUGUCAUUGUCCUCACGAGAUGGAUACUGUACAAUUAUAGAAUUCGAGGACCAUGAACUCGGAGAACCUAUUUCUCCCUCAGAAGCAUCUAAGGCCUCAGAAGGGAAGGCCGAUUUGUCCAAUGUGGAAACUGAGGUGACAGACCAUAUGGAAAUUGGCAAGAAGAAUGCUGCUAAAGUUAACAGUGAAACAGUUACAAAGAUCAAGGAAGGGAGACUGCCAAUAUCUACCGUCACCAAGAACUCAGACGCAAAUAAAUCUACCAAGAAGCGCAUAACUCCAACAGCCAUCAACUAAAUGGCAAAGAUGUUGUUUCAGAAUAUAUGUAGGUUAAAAAGAGUUGUACCUGCUUUGGAUUUGUCCUGUAAUUUUUUUUAUUUCCAUUUUUGUUCUUAGCAAAGAUGGGGAAAACUCUCACAAAAUCUUGAAACUGUGUUGUUGCUGUUUGUUGCAGGGUGUAUCCUUGUAUAAAUGUACAAGGCGAUUCUUGUUCCAUUGUCUGAGCUUUUUGGUA